AUGGCGGUAUUGGACGGGUUGCAAGAGCACCAUGGGACCACGCAUAUCAAUGGCUACGCAUCUACGAACGGUUCGGCUGCCAAACCAUCGACCAACGGCGCAGUGCACGACGCAUCCAUAGCUAGAACGGCCCCUAUCAGACUCCCUCCCGGUGGCAUAUGGACUCCCGCAGUCACCUUCUUCAACCAUAACACCGACACGCUAAGUCUUGACUCGCAAGCAAAGUACUACUCCUAUCUAUCGAAAAGUGGUCUCGCAGGCCUAGUGAUAUUGGGCACGAAUGCGGAAACCUUUCUGCUUACAAGAGAGGAGCGAAAGACACUCGUAGCGACGGCGCGUGAAGCAUGUGGGCCGUCCUUCCCCAUCAUGGCAGGAGUCGGAGGCCACAGCACCAAGCAAGUUCUUGAAUACCUCGCCGACGCCGCGGAUGCAGGAGCAGACUAUGCCUUACUCCUCCCUGCAGCCUACUUCGGCAAGCAAACUACUCCCGAGGUCAUUGACAGCUUCUACCACGAUGUCGCGACGGCCAGCCCGUUGCCCAUUGUCAUCUACAACUUUCCUACCGUUACAAACGGUAUCGACCUCGACUCCGCCACUCUCACUCGCCUCGCCAGGAGGCACGAAAACAUUGUCGGUGUCAAGUUGACAUGCGGUUCCGUGGCCAAGAUCACCCGCCUUUCUGCUGAGCUCGGGGCAGACCGGUUCGCCAGCUACUGUGGACAGUCGGACUUCUUGCUCGGAGGCAUGGUGUCGGGAGCCGCAGGCACCAUCGCAGGCUUCGGAAACGUCUUUCCCAAGACUCUAGUGAGGAUCUACGAUCUGUGGCAGCAAGGCCAUAUCAAAGAGGCAAUGGCGUUGCAUAAGAAGGCGUCCUUGGCCGAGCAAGCCUGUAAGGCUGGGAUCGCCACGUUCAAGUAUGCUGCUGCUGUGACUACUGCUAAGGCCGCGGGGAUCAAGGACGAGGUGGCGAAGGAGCAGUUGAAGCCUAGAAGACCGUAUGUUGGGCCUGGAGAGAAGGAGCAGAGGAGGAUUGAGCAGUUGCUUGAGCCCCUGUUGGAGAUCGAGGCUGGCUUCUGA